AUGCUCGGGAGAAGAACACACGGAGCGACGCAACAGUGCGACUUACCGCUGGUUGGGCGUGUUCCGCGGGCGGCAGUCGUGGUGGCUCUCGUGGCCCUUGCUGUUGUCCUUGCCGGCGCCAACUGGGCGCUCUCGCGCGAGGCUGGCCACCUGCUGCACAUGGCCGAGCUGGAAGCCAGCAUCGAGGCGUAUCGCACUCGCUCAGCCACGCUCGAGGCCAAGCUCGACUCGGAGCUUGCGGUGCUUGCCGCUCUGGACCUCCGGGUCACCGCUCUGGCUAAAGCGGCGCCGUCAGUGGCGGCAUCGCGGCCGGCGCCGCCGGGACGAGGAGCCUCUGCUGGUGGUGGAACCACCAUCCCGCUGGUGGUCAUGGCCUGCGAUCGGACCGAGUACCUCAAGCGGACGUUGGACAAAGUGGUUGACAUUGUCCCGCCGUCCGACACAAACGACGCCGUCAUAUUUCCGCUCUUUGUCUCGCAGGACUGCCGAGACUCGCCGCGAGCAUCGGCCGUCGAGGAUCUCGUUGCCUCGUACGGCCGCUUCACGCUCCUCACCAACGACAACCCGGACCGCCCACGGUCUAAGCCCGGCGAGAACAUCAAGUACUACUUUAUUGCGCAGCACUUUCAGUUUGCACUGACGCAGCUGUUUGACGUCUACGGCUACACACAGGUUGUGCUCAUCGAGGAGGACCUCGAGGUCGCGCCCGACUUUUUCGAGUACAUGGCCGCCGCUCUGCCGGUCCUCCGCGCCGACCCUUCCCUCUACUGCGUCUCGGCGUACAACGACAAUGGCAAGCCAAACGUGGUGGCCGAUCCGCGUGCCGUCGAGCGGACAGACAUGUUUCCGGGCCUCGGCUGGAUGCUCACCCGCGAGCUCUGGGCCGAGCUCGGCCGCGCAAAUUGGGCCAAGGGCUACUGGGACGACUGGCUCCGCGAGCCGGCCCAGCGAAAGAAGCGCUCAUGCAUCCGGCCCCAAGUCUCGCGCACGAAGACCUUUGGCGAGAAGGGCACCUCGGUCGGCCAGUUCUACUCGAACCAUCUCGCGCACAUCAAGCUCAACGACAAGCCCGUCGACUGGCGCGCUGAGGACCUCUCCUACCUUCUGAAGGACGAGUACGACGGCGCGUUGGACGCCAAGCUCGCUGCUGCCACCCCGCUCUCGCUUCCAGACUUUAAGGCGCUCGACGCCAAGGCCGGCGCCGACGGCCGCCUCCCGGGCACCGCCUACAAGCUCACCUAUCCGGCUGCCGAGCUUCUGUUCCCCGCACCGCGUAUCACGGCGUGGUGA